UGCGGUAGCUUCGUCACGCAUGCGCCGAAAGCAUCAUCAUCUGAGUCAGGGUUGCCGGUGUAGGUGCUUGCCUCCGGUAGGCAUGCGCAGAAGAGUACCCUAGGGAGCAUGCGUGCUCCGAGGGAAGGCAGGACCUGAGUUUCUCCUUCAAGCGACAUGCAGGCUGCACUGGAGGUGACUGCACGGCAUUGCCGCAAAGAAACGGAGCAAUAUGCCCAGUGUGUUGCUGCCAAUCCUUCUACCUGGCAGCAGGAUUGUCACCAGCUCAAACUUGACAUGGCCAAGUGCACAUCUUCCCACCCAAUUGUACAGAAGAUUCGCCGUGAUUGUGCCGAACCGUUUGCUGCGUUCGAGCAGUGUCUUAAACAAAACCAGGCCUCUGUGAUGAACUGCAGUGAACAUGUCCAUCAGUUCCUGCUCUGUGCUGACCAAGUGAAACUGGCCACAUAAGUGUAAAACAGUAUUUUUCUCAGCAGCCGCCCAGCCGUACUGUGGAGUGUCUUUUGGACUAAAGGUUCCUGCUUUAGAACUACAGGAAUGGCAACAGCACCAUAGCUGUCUUCAGCAUCCUGUUAGGACAGAAAAAUUCUCCCCAGUCUGGAUACCAUUUGCCUGGUCAUGGCCACCAAAUGCCACCCCCGUUUGGUGUAUUUAUUGACUGAAGCACAGCGGCUGAUUGAUAAACCGCGGAAGCCACAUCACCAUGGCAGUGAUAACUGGACUUUAUUCUCAAAGCUAAAACUGCCUGUUGGGAGUUCAAGAUGUACAUUUUGCUGGAUCUGAGCCUCAUCCAGGCAAGGUGCAAUAAACUGUCGUCACAGAUCAAAA